CCUUGGGUGGGGACCCCUCCCUCAGGACACUGCGGAUGGCGGUACCUGAGGCUGGGUGGACCGUGCCAGCUCCCAGGCUGCUUGGGGCCCCAGAUGGCUGCAGGUGGCAGGAGGUCAGGCUCAUAGCCCAAUUGUGCUCACUACCGAGCCCUGUGAGGACCCUCUCCCUCUCACCGGCGUCCAGCAGAGCCCGAGGAAGGGCUUUCUGGCACAGGGGCAGUGUAACGCCUGGGCCUCGUGUGGGAACCCACACACGUGACUUCCAGCUCCUUCACAGGAAUAAGACGAUCAUUCCUGCAGGGAAUGAGGACCGGCCGGACGCAGCCCUGCUGGGUGCUCUGAGGAGGAGGCAAGAUCUUCUGCAGAGACUCUGGGAACAGCGUCUCCUAGAGGAGGUCCAAGCCCGGAGCAGGGUGAACAGAGGAGCAGCCCGUGGGUCAGCAGUGCCCCCAGAGAUGCCCCCUGUGGGCACCCACCCUGCCGCCUCCCUGCCCCUGCCAGGCCUGGAGCCACCACGGAUUAUCCAACACUCAGCCCCCCAGCCUCCUGCCACCAUCAUUCAACAGCUACCUCAGCCGCCCCUCAUCACACAGAUUCCCCCUCUCCAGGCCUUCCCUACUCAAAAAGCAGGAAGUAUUAAGGAAGAUGUGGUGGAGAUGAUGCUGGUACAGAAUGCACAGAUGUACCAGAUCCUUAUGCACAACUUGAUGCUCAGAGCCCUGCCCUCAUCAGCGUUUUUGCCCUCGGGGGCAUCACAGGCUGCCCCCCUGCAUCCCACCCCUCAGGUAGGCUCAGCUGGGGACAGGCAUCCAGGCAAAGGAGGCCACCCAAAUGAAAACCGGAGGACCUGGGUGGCUUUUCUUCUGGAAGUCCGUGCAUCUGUAACUAUGAAAAGCACAUUUCUGACUCCUGGGUCUGUGACCUGCUUGUGAAGCCCCCUAGCACCCCCCAGUCCCAUCAAGAUGCGCAAUAAUCCGGGGCCCAGAAAGCUGCCUUCUAGAGCCAGAGGAGCUCUGCUGGAGCCUGGCCCUCCCUCCCUUCUCCCCACCCCCACCCCUGCCCCACUUCCUCUUCUCCUCCCCUCCUUCCCCUCCUCCCCAUUGAAAUGGGCUGGUCCUGUGCUGUGCUGAGGACCUGCAGCGGGCUCCCCUUGUCCUCCUGCGAGCCUAGAGGCGGAAGCCACCCUCCGUGCAUCACCACCACCACUACGCGCUCCCAGCCCCCCUGCAGGCCAUCCCAGCACCUGGCUCUCUGGCUGGUUACUCCACGUGGCCCAUGGUAGUCUCGGCCACUGCCCUUCCACCUGCCUCCAGCUUCCUGCCUGCCCUGCACCACUUGGCCGGCCCCUCCUCAGCAGCCCUUAGCCCGGUGGCAUCUGACGGCAUCCAGCCCACACAGGCUCCAGGCUUAUGAGCCUCCACAUGUGGACUCUGGCUCGCCGGAACGCUGGCCUGGGAAGCAGAUGGAAGCAGUUGGCUAAGGAGGCCCCACGCAGCUCAGCUUUCUCGGGCUGGGCCCGCGCUCAGGAACCCUCCAAGGCAGGAGAGCGGCAGGUGUCCACACGGUGUGCCUGGCACGCGUGUCUCUUGUGAAAUGUGAUUAAAGGUCUGACUCAA